UCCUUUUACUAGUCUAAAUGUUCUUUCUGCGACAGCGUUAUUGCAGCAUGAGUAAUCUUCUUUUGUCGUUUUUAAUCUAUUCCUUUUACUACAGUCUAAAUCUUCUUUCUGUGACAGCGUUAUUGCAGCGCGUAGGUGUUCUUCCUAGUGGUCUCUGGUCUUCUAAUAUUAAUAGGAAAUAUCGUCACUAUAGGUGUAAAUAGCUUUAUUUAUUCCUUUGUCUGACGAUUCCGCACACCUUUUCUAUUAAAGACUGAUGUCUUUAUCGCCUAGACACAACCACCAUUAAGCUUUGAAGGCUGAACGUCGUUGAAAUCGUCCAUCCAGCCACAUGGCAUCAGCUAAAAGGGUUAUUCUGUGGUCUGCUCCAAGAUGUGUAUCCACAGCUUUCGAACGUUCAAUCAGAACACUUGAUCAAGUACAAGUAUUCCAUGAGUUAUUUGCCAUUCCAUAUCAUUGUGGAGUAACUCGAAAUAGUGAUCUUUUCACGGAGAUUCCAAUGGAUCCGAACGCCACUUUCAAAUCAGUGACCGACAUUUUGACCMAACCSUAYGAUGGAAAACAGCUUAUAUUUGCCAAAGAAAUGGCAAUGUGUUUGAUGAAWAACURUGAURUUCUUCUAGAAGAUAAAAUGAAGGAAUUUCAACACACGUUUCUCAUCCGACAUCCAGUUCACGUAGCAAAGUCUCUUCUUCGCUGUGGAUAUUUCGUUGCUAGAGAGUUUGGYAUYAAAGAGAYAUAUGAGCUUUAUACCUUUGUGAGCGAAAACCUCCACCCCUCCCCCCUGGUGAUUGAUGCAGAGGACCUUCUUACGUACCCGGAUGAAGUGAUGCGGAGCUACUGCGAGGCCACUGGAGUGAAGUAUCACCCUGACAUGACUAAGUGGCAGCCAGGCCCCGUCCCUGGGUGGGACCGUCACGUUUGCGCCGGCUGGCAUGAUGCUGUGAUGAAAUCGAGUGGCUUUGUUAAAAAACCGAGAGAUACAGAGAAGCCUGRCACUAGUGGUUUGUCUAGUGACGUCAUAGAAGUCAUUGAGGAGUGUAUGCCUAUGUAUGAAGCUUUGUAUUCCAAAAAAAUUGUUAUUCAAUGAAGAUUUCUGAUUUUA